GGGGCAUUGUGGGAAGCGUGGUGACGUGCGCCGCUUCCGGGAGCGAGCGGCUGCAGUGGCCGCGGAGAAAGUUCGGCCGAGCAGAGACGGCGGAGCGGAGAAUCCCGGGCCCAGAGACAGAGGCCGCGCGGUAGCGGCGGCGCGCACCCCGCCUUGGCCACCGGUAGUGGUGUGGGGAAGGGACCGCGCGCAGCAGCAGAGCCAAGGCCGCGGUGCCCGGAGCCGUCGACUGGUGGAGCGCGGAGGCCGCGUUCGCCUGACUGGCGCCCGCAGUAGGCCCGAGUGCCUUCGGGGGGGUGGGCAAUGGGCGUGGAAAAGUGCAUUCCGCACAAACUUUAGAAAGGUGGAGGGAAAAACCAGAGGACCUCGAGAAAAAUGCAUGCGAUUACGGGGAAAACAUGCAAACUCCAAAUAUACAAGCAUCAGGGUCGGGAUUGAACCCACGACCUGUAUACCAUGCGAGCUCUCCCUGACGCCCACGUUCCACUCCGCCAUGGCGAGCCGCUCCCCCAGGACGCCCGCACUGCCGCUGCUGUUGCUGGCGGCGGCGGCGGUGGUGGGGCGUGCGCACGCGGGCGGCUCGCACUUCAAAGAAGGCGAGGUGGUGACGCUGUACGUGAACAAGGUGGGGCCGUACCACAACCCGCACGAGACGUACCACUACUACACACUGCCCGUGUGCCGGCCCGAACACAUUGAGCACAAGAGCCUGACGCUGGGCGAGGUCCUGGAUGGCGACCGCAUGGCACGCUCCAUCUACGAGCUGCACUUCCGCCGCGACGUGCUGCAGCCACGCAAGCUGUGCGACGUCACGCUGGCGCAGGCCGAGCUGCACCAGCUGCACGAGGCCAUCGAGGAGCUCUACUACUUCGAGUUCGUGCUCGAGGACGUGCCCCUGCGCGGCUUCGUCGGAUACGUGGAGGAGAGCGGAUUCCUGCCGCACUCUCACAAGGUGGGGCUGUGGACACACCUACACUUUACUGUGGAGUACAACGGUGACCAGGUGAUCUUUGCCAACGUGAGCACGCGUGACGCCAAGCCGUACAGCCUGGAUGAGCUGGAGCCCGGCGCCGUGGUGACGCACACCUACACUGUCAAGUGGCAGCCCACGAGCGUGCCGUACGAGCGGCGCGGCGAGCGCCUGCGCGACCGCAGCUUCUUCCCCAAGACGCUAGAGAUCCACUGGCUCUCCAUCAUCAACUCCAUGGUGCUCGUGUUCCUGCUUAUCGGCUUCGUGCUCAUCAUCCUGAUGCGCGUGCUCAAGAACGACUUUGCCCGCUACAACGUGGGCGACGAGGCGGCCGAGGACUUCGACCAGGGCGACAACGGCUGGAAGAUCAUCCACGCAGAUGUCUUCCGCUUCCCCCAGCACCGUAGCCUCCUGUGCGCUGUGCUGGGCGUGGGCUCGCAGUUCCUCACCCUCACCACAGGCAUCCUGGUGAUGGCACUGAUGGGGAUGUUUAAUGUUCACCGGCACGGCGCCAUCAACUCGGCCGCCAUCCUGCUCUACGCCUUCACGUGCUGCAUCGCCGGCUACGUCUCCAGUGGCUUCUACCGCCGCCUGCAGGGCACCAACUGGGUGUGGAACAUCGUGCUCACCACCUCGCUCUUCUCCGCCCCAUUUUUCGUGACGUGGAGCAUCGUGAACUCGGUGCAUUGGGCCAACGGCUCGACCCAGGCGCUCCCCGCCACCACCAUCCUGCUGCUCGUGGCCGUGUGGCUUCUCGUCGGUUUCCCGCUCACCGUCAUCGGUGGCAUCGUCGGCAAAAACCGCGCGGGCGCAUUCAAUGCGCCGUGCCGCACCAAAAACAUCGCCCGCGAGAUUCCGGCCCAGCCCUGGUACAAGUCGGCCGUCGUGCACAUGACGGUUGGGGGAUUCCUGCCGUUCAGCGCCAUCUCGGUGGAGCUCUACUACAUCUUUGCGACGGUGUGGGGGCGCGAGCAGUACACGCUCUUUGGCGUGCUCUUCAUUGUCGCUGCCAUCCUGCUGAGCGUGAGCGCCUGCAUCUCGGUGGCACUCACCUACUUCCAGCUGUCGGGCGAGGACCACCGCUGGUGGUGGCGCUCGGUGUUCAGCGCCGGCUCCACCGGCUUCUUCAUGUUCCUCUACUCGGGCUUCUACUACUUCCGCCGCUCCAACAUGUCGGGCGCCGUGCAGACUGUCGAGUUCUUCGGCUACACGCUGCUCACGUGCUACGUCUUCUUCCUCAUGCUCGGCUCUGUGUCCUUCUUCACGUCGCUCGCCUUCAUCCGCUACAUCUAUGUCAACCUUAAAAUGGACUAGUGCUGCUCACUCGCUUGCCUGAUUGCCUGUCCACCCGCUCGCUCUCCCAAUCAUCCUCUCGCCGGUUCGGCCACCAUUUAAAAUUUCCUCCCAAGCCAUUGGGAAGCUGCAGUCUCUGUCAGCUGGAAGAAAAUUGUAAUGAACAUUCCGAUGAAAAAUGUUCAGGCCUCAUGGCACAAUGGGGAAAAAAAAAACUGCAAACACUUUGUAGGUACCAUGCACAGCAGCGUGUUCCAGACUUCUAAUUGUGGAAAGUUGUGAGUUAUCAUCUUGGUAGAAUGGUCGAUUCAGUCCAUCUCUCUGGGAUCAGUAAAAUGAGUGUCUUUGAGGGAAGUUGAAAGUGCUCAUCAUAUGGAGUAGCUGGCCUCGGCUAUAGUUAUGUGGAAUUUCUUCUCCAGGCUCAAUGCCAUGAAUGAGAUGACUAAGUGUUGCCACAUGCUUGUCUGAGCACGGAGUGACUUUACUUUUUGGUUUUCAUUUUGGGGUUUUCAACCAAGUUCCACGCAGAGACAUCGUUAUUUUCUAUUGACUCCUUAAAAGGCUAUGGAGGGUCUGAUAUAUAUAUCAAGGGGUGUGCAGAGGUACAUGAGUGCCCUUUCUGAAUCUGCACACCAGCAGUUCCCUUCCCCUAGGUGGUCAGUGCUAAUAUCAGAGAGACGUGACGCCACUUUUUUUGCGAUGGGCUCUGUGUGAGAGUUUGAUAGCUGCUGUAAAGGGACGUCCUUACCGUUAUCGUUAAGAAUCACCGGUCUAGACGACAGUUGUAAAACGAUGAAUGUGUGGCCACUUUAAGUAUCGCAGCAGAAACGUAUUCCGUUUUACUGAUGAUUUUUAAUAAGGGCAAAACCAUCCCACAACUGCUGGUAGCUUUACUCCUAUUAUAUUUUCUGAGGCCACUCGGCUGAAUCAUGCUGCUUUUCACAUAUAUGCUCGCCUGUAUAUCAUAUCAGCCCAUCAUCUCUCAAAGCAUGGAUAUGACAGGUACCACUUUGUGGGAAAGUAGCGAUGAUCAUCAUCCAAUUGAGAGACUGACUCCAAGGAAAAAGAAUGUAGAACUUCCACCACUGGCUCAGGGCUGCUUACGGAGAUGAUCCCCGACCUCUGCUCAUUAGAGCACGUGGCCACUUUUAAUUUGUACAUACCACUUGCUCCGGUGGACUUGCAAGGUCCUGUAGGAAUUUUCUUAUGAUGCUGGGGCCAAAAUACCUUUCAGCUUUGCAUGAAUUGAGCUCGGCAGUUCUCCGUUUAUACACUCUCAAUUAUAACGAGGGAUCGUUAGAAUUCUCAAGUGUUUCAUUGAAUUAACGUUCUUCGCCCUUCAUUUGUGCCAAUAGAGCAUUCCCAAAUGUGUAAUAUGUACAUCGGCAAACAUUACCUAAAAAAAACACUCAGUUUCAAGAUUUAAAUCAAAAUUAUAGUUUAUUUCAAAUUUUACAUCUGUUACGUUGAAAAUUUAGGUCUCUCUGCAUCAAGGCACAAUGGAAUUCUUUACAACAGUAUUCUAGUUUACCUCGAAACGGCAGAGACGCGUCUCGUAGAGUAAAACAACUCUGAAGCCCCGCUACCGACCUCACCUCCCAUUUAAUGAUCCGUCGUAAUCAGAGUACUGCAUCGGUUGCUUUGCUAUUAUCUGCUGUGUAGGCCAUAGACUUGGGUUUAAUUUAAUUGAGCACACAUCCAAAUAGGGUUGUUUUGGUGCAGUCGUCGUGACAUAUACAUCGCAUUUGGUUCACUUGAGAAGCCGGUUUAAUUAAUCUCAGGUGGCUGAAGCCUAGAUUAAUUCCUGGUAUAUCAACAGUGUUGGGUCAUCUGCUGGGACCUGGUCGGUAUGAGUGCUCUGAUUCACCAGGCCGCCUCUGUUUCAAUGUGCUCUUGUCUGUUUUAAUUGGGGAGAGAAGCAUGUUGCCCUUCGAGUUGUCCAUGUUGAGCAGCAUGUAGCAUAGCUGCAAAGGAGUUGCUUAGUCAUGCAGGAAGAGCGCGUCCGCACAUGAGCGCUGGAAAUGUGCUACUGUGCAGCCUGGAUGGCAGGGUCUUCAUUCGAGCUGGUACCUGGGUGAUUAGGGGAUGUAGAGCAUUGGCAGAUGAAAACAGGACUGAGGGGAGGCUCAUUGUGCAGGAGUUGAGAGCCUGUGUCUGCGGUUUUCCCGAGUUCACCCCGUGUUCAACAGCGAGACUAUGGCACCGUCUUCAACAGGCUAAGACAACCAUGAUGCUACAGGAACACUUGUGAGCACGGUGACUGCCGACCGUGUCGUUAUUCCGUUUGGAAACAAAUUGCAGAGGGUGGCAACACCGACCCAAUUCUGCGAUGUUGAUGAUAUUUCCUCUUCGGUCACGCGAAGUGCUUCAGAAGAGCGACCGAUCACGACACUUGGUACCAGUGCGUCACGGCCCACUUGCAGAGGCUGAACUCUUCCACCAGGUUGUGCGGCUUGGGCGAGCGUCACCAAGCGUCGUGCGACGCAGCUGUCCAAUCGCAGAGACUUGCUCAUCCACGCUUCCCCGUUCACCGUGCCUGGUCACAGCAUCACGAUUGGGAGCACAUCUCUGUUGGGACUUGUUUUGAAUUACAGGUGAAAUGUGCGUGACAUUAAUAAGCAAACCUAAGUCGGCGUUUGGAAGGCCUUUGCCUUAAUUGUACUCUUCUGGAUUGAAGAGGCGGUCUCGUCUAAAGUGGCUGAGCAGCGCAAAGUCGCUUUCGCAACUGCGGCGGGCGGAUAGUUUUCGGCAACACGAGUAAGAACCCCCCCUCCCCUCCCUCCCCACAUUUGCUUGUUUCAUCAGCUCAGACUCGAGCAGAAUGAGAGCCCAAUGAGCAAAGUUUACCAACAAACAACACCAAAUCUACAAAUGUUUUUCUCUUUCAAGCCAAAUGCAGCUCACUCUCUGGGAUGGAGAUGGCAAGGCAUGAUGGGGUAUUUGGCAAAGGCACUGCUCUUUCUCAUGCGAAUUGCACCAACGCCGUUGUUUUCGUAAAGGGAACGAAUUCAUUGAAAUGUCACCGUUUAAUUCCGUUGCUUUGUGCCACGAUGGAGGGGUUUCUCUGGCAGGCGUGCCAGGGCACCUUGGUGGCCAGUUGUCAAUUGUCAAAAGCGCCACCGUCUGGCUGUCAAGUAGCCGCUAAAGACCCUGUAACGAUAUUCCCAGAAUGACGAAAUUCACGAUAAUAGGCCGAUGGGCACAAUGACCAUGUAACGAGUUCAGGAAACAGUUUGGUGUAAGCAGUGAAGCAUGCACGGCUUGUGUGUACUUGCAUAUACUGGGCGCAGUCACAAAUGCGAUAUAAACAUUGUUUUUGCCCACCAAGGAAUUGGCCAAACACCCCAAAGAGGAACCCGAUAAAUAAUCUUGGAACUGAUGGGGGAUAAAGGACACUCAUUAUACGAAUCUCACAACUCGCCAUUAUGACGUGAGUUAAUGAAAUGUAAAUAAAUGUAAUGUAAAGACGAACAAUAACAAAGUCGCUAUUGAAACUUUUAAGGUGUAUUUAAAUCAAAUGUUUUUGGAGGGACUGUUAUGAUUGUGUCCAUUGUUCGCUUCUAAAGCAUUUAUACGUUUGCCAAUCCAUUUAGUCUGAAAUUCACUCAAGAUUGUGGAGACAAACGCAGAGCAGAUGCAGUCUCAUUCAAUGUUACCAAGGCACCAAACUUAUCAACUAAACUUGACCUCUUCUACUUUGAGACUCGACAGGAAAUUUGAACAGGUCGUGCCCCAGAUUAGAGACGCAACUAAAUUGUAAAUAUUUUCGAGCAGUAGCGCUUGUCGUGUGGUAAAUGUACACCAAGGGUCUCCAAUCAAAGCUCUCGCCUCAUUUUAAAUCGGGCAAACGGAAUGGCAUCAGAUGCGCGAGUGUGUGGACAGCUGGAGGAGAGCCAUCCGAAGUGGGGCGCUUGAGCUCAGGUCGUCUGCAUUGCGUUUCGACUUAACCUUUGGCUCAGCCGGUUCUCUCCAGUUUGCUGGUUCUGCUGUGCAAUGGUACAUUGAUUUUGAGUUGCUGUUUUAUUCCCCUUGUUUCUUGGUGACGAUUGUGAAGCGUCGGCAGCCUUCCUCUCUCCCCAUAGCAAAAUCAGAAGUACUGUUUUGCUUUGUAUGUUUUUUUAUCGAUUCAAUUCCAAGCAUUAGGCAUGGAGUGAAGAACGUCUUUCCCUCUUAUUGAGAUUCCUACAACAGGAGAGGCGCAGCUACGUCUAAUCGAGCGACCCACAAGUGACAUCGCAGUCCUCUGCCUGACGUCACAAGCGCUGGUUUGAACGCUCCAGGGCGCCGCGGUGGCGAGAUGUUAACUACCUCGCCUGGUAUGCAGGAGGUCGUGGGUUCAAUUCCGACCCUAACGCCUGCUGCUGCUGUAUAUUUGGGGUUUGCGUGUCUCUCUGUGGUGGCGUGGAUUUUCUCCGGGUCCAAUUUUUUCAUCCACAUCAAUAUGCUUUGAGAGUAUUUGGCUGCUAUAAAUUUCCACAUGACAAGCCACUUCGUUGAGCUAUCAUUUGUGGCCAGGUCGAUUCUGAAAAAGAGCUUUGUAGCUCAGUGGGCCUUACCUGGUAAAAUAAGAAAAAAUAGUUUAGCUGUUUUAGAGCCACGUUCCCCAUGCUCACCUGCUAUAAAUAGACCUACGCAUAUUGACAUGACUGAUUUACAAAACCCAAUUAAAAUGAUUUAGUUUCAGGCCGACGUGAAAUAAUAACACUGAAGCAUUCAAAUCUGCUGUCAUCUUUAGUCGCUGCCUGCAUUCGAGUGUCCAGGGUCGGAGCGCUGCCAGCUCGAUGCCUCCGACGUGAGGGCGCGUGAGGGAGGAGAGCGUGAGGAGAGCGAGCGAGUGAGGGAGCGAGCGAGUGAGGGUGCGAUAGUGAGGGUGCGAGCGUGAGGGAGGAGAGCGAGUGAGGGAGGAGAGGGAGCGAGCGAGUGAGGGAGCGAGCGAGUGAGGGAGCGAGCGAGUGAGGGCGUGAACCCAGCGAGCUACACGGCACCUCGAUUGUGUUCUAGGCACCGCAUUGGGAACCGGGGCCGCCUGUAAUGAAUGUUGAGGAGCGCGCCUCUCUUUACGUCUCCUGUGUUAUGAUUGGUUGGGGGUAUAGGAGGACCGGAUAAGGCACUCUUCUUCUGAACCCCACAGCUCUUUGUGCCUGCACAUGUAGCCUAAUGAACUGUGAUCUCUGGAUAAAUGUAUUUUGCUGUCUUGCGGCAAACCCCAAAGGCAGUAUGGCCUCAUGACUAGUCCUUCCCAGAGCAGCGAGCUGCAGUCUCCCUGACCCAUCUCAAUACGUACAGAGUAAUUACCCCUGUACAAGGGAAAGGUAGCUCUUCAUCUUUGUGCCAGAGCAAGCCAUUGUUUUUAGGGCGGUGUUAAUUGAAUACUGCUUUAACCCUGGUUUUGCAAGGAAGUACUAAACUUAUAAAAAAGCAGGACUAACAAUCCUAAAUUUAUAAUUUUUCCCUGCUCCCAUAAAAAGUAUAUAGAUCCUUUUCGAGGAAUAUUACUUAACAUUCUGAAUUGUUGGCACUUUUGGUAAACCAUUAUCUCACGUGCGUAAGUGAAGAUAUCGCUUCGUCUGUUCAGAGUCCCAGAGCAAAGGACUUGGCUCUUGUAAUAAUGCUGGUGCAUUAAUUUUCUUAAAUUUUUUAAUGUAUUCUGAGACUCGGGUGGGUUUUUAGUGACGAAGCGGUCAGGCAUAUCCUCAGAGUUGCGGGAAAUACGGUCAGCUGCAUUAGAAACACUUGGAAGCUUGCGGUUAAAGAAGAUUCCGUUGAUUUUGUGAAGGUGAAAUGACGUUGCUUUGCUCGUACGGCAGUGCUGUUUUAAGGCAAAGUUUAUGCAGAAAAAUCGGCUCUUCGUGUUUCUGAUGGAUCUGGUGGGUUUCAAAUCAUUUGGUUCAAUAUGGUGUUGACUUAAACUAUUUGUUUUUUGGGUGUUAAAGGUUGCGUUUUUUUUACAUUAGUGUUUAUUUUUUUUAGACAAUUGUUCGAUCUGCACACUUUCCCGUAAUUUCUGAGCGACCUUAGGCCAGCAUCCCCUAUGUACCAAGCUGUCAAUGCAUGGGUGGGAUAGUGCCACUACCACCGCCACCAUGCCACUGAGCAGCUGAUUGCUUUCCACAAGGAUAGAAAGCGCAGCGUGGGACUAAGUUGUCAAGCUGGGCCCGGAUCAAGCAAAACAUUUAACAUAAGGUUCAUACAGCCCAUUACACCGCCUUAAGAUGGAUUGUUUUUAUCGCAGAAUUCUGAAAGAUAAAAUUAGGUGCUAUCUUAAAACACGUGACUUGUUGACAAAGGUUUUUCUGAAUUCUCUUCAUGUGGCUUGGGUAGAACAGCCCAUUGUGGGCACUUGAGUUACUUUGAGCAACACCGCAGCCGAUUUACAGAAGACGCUGUCCAAAUUCGUGCUAAGUUGUAACUGGUCAUUAGCUUCCCAUUGGCUCCCAUAGGAAUCCACAGCUAUCGGGGUUUGCUCUCAACAGCUGGGAUAGCGAUGCUGCGGUGAUCAGAGGAAAUAUGUAAAGGAGUGCUCUAAACAGCAACAUUGAAAAGUAAACCCAACAAUGAAAAUUGGCCUGCUUCAUUAACACCAGAUGGUGGAUCGAGGGCUUGGUCGGCUCAGGGGUAGAACUCGUGCCACGGUUGCUUGUCCGAGUUGUUUUUGACUAAGGGGGGUUGCACCAGAAGCAGCAGAUGGGGGGCAAGUGGUCAUGUCAGGCUGAAAUUUACGCUUCGGGCUGCGUGCCUGUAGUUUACUCUGCUGGCCGGUGAUUAAUACUACUGUACUCUUUCAGUAGAACAGGGGUUGUUGAUUCAAUGUAUGAGGGCGACGGGGGCAUUGCCUGGGCCCAGCAAGUGUUGGGGGUGCCUGGCCGGUUCAGCAGGCAGGGCUCGUUUGAUCACCGAGUGUAUCCGCUAUCCCCAAACACGCGUGCCCCGCUUGCAUUGUCGAUGACGGCAUUUUCACUUUUAGUUCACUCCUCACUGCCGGUGUUCGCAAGUCGCUGCAUCCCCCAUGGCCAAGUCCGCGCUGUGCAUGUGCGUUGUACAGUACCUGUCCUAGAAAAGAACUCUUCACCUGAAAGAGUGCGUGGGCAAUGCUGGCCCGUCGCCUCUGCGACUCUCCGACACUUGUCUGCAGCGAACACGUGAGCGUCGGUCCCUGUUGGGUGGGAUUUACGCGUUUUGCGGUGCCUGGAUUUUGCGGGUCUGCUGUGUACGAUACGAUAUUGUUGGAGCAUAUUUUAUUUUGAAUUGCAUCAAAUUCAAUAAAGAAAAAAACCGAUAGGG